UAAAAACCACCCUCACAGCCAGACCUGUGCACUGGAAGCAGGGAGGGCGCUGUGGGGUGAAACCUGCUGCUUGGGUGGGUGUCUUGCUGUAAAUGCCCCUCUUUUGGAGUUGAGAGACUUUUUGAAAGCGUUAAGGGGACCUUUUGCUGAGGAGCACCCCAGCAGCUGUAAAUAUGGCACAAACGAUACGGACUGCUGCAGGAAAGCAUGUGUGGAUUCUAUUGUGUGUAUGGCUGCUGUUAGUCUACAAAACAAGUGCACAGAGAGGGGUGCUGGAUGGUUCGCAUUUGUCAUAUGGACCCCUGGAAGACACCAUUCUGGUUGCAAAUAACGUUAUCAGAGUCCCCUUCGGAAGAUCGGUGUACUUAGACCCUAUCCACGACCUAGUGAUUCAAGUGCAGCCUGGGGAUAAAUGUCACAUCACUGUGUUGAAUAACGACCCCCUAACCCAGAGACCUGGACAUAUGUCCCCCAACAGAUUUCCAUGUGACUUUGGUUCCAGGGAAGUAAAAUAUUCUCACCUGGGAGCCCGCAGCCCUUCCAAAGACAGAGUUAAACUACAGCUUCGCUAUGACACACAAACUAGGACGAUAAUAAUUCCAUUUAUGAUUGAGGUCGAGGUGGUCUUCACCCAGCUGGAAGUGGUCACCAAGAACAUGCCACUGACUGUGGAAAAGCUGCUGGGGACUAGCAAUCCUGUUGAUAGAAAGACUCUGGAAUUUACCUUUGACAGGAGUUCAGAGAUCUGCAGGAUCACACCGCUUGUUGGAUUAGGUGGGCAUCCUAGAUAUGGACGCCUGCUGCAUACCACUGGCCAGAUGCUGGACUGUGAUGAAUUCUUGCAGCUGGGGGUCCGCUAUCAGCACACUGCAUCCACCCAGUCCCCCAACAGAGACUUUAUCCCCAUGCUGGUGGAAUUACAUGAUAAAAGGGGCAACUUGCUCAAGCAGGAACAUUUUCAGCUCUUGGUUAGAAUCCGUGAAGGGCUGGAGAACACUCAGCCAAAACCUAGCUUCAUAGCCAUGAUGAUGAUGGAGGUGGAUCAGUUUGUUAUGACAGCAAUUACUCCUGAUAUGUUGGCUGCAGAGGACGCAGAAUCUGACCCUGGUGACCUUAUAUUUAACAUCACUUCUUAUUUUGGCCCCGGACAGGGUCAGAUUGUCAGUACUGAUGACCGAAAUUUGCCUAUCACAUCUUUCUAUCAGAGGGACCUCCAGGAGCUCAGGAUUGCCUACAAACCACCACCUGAAGAUUCAAACUCUGAACGUAUCUUUGAAGUAGAACUAGAGGUGGUCGAUACUGAAGGUGCAGUGUCAGAGCCGUUUGCAUUCAUGAUUGUGGUAAAGCCAAUGAAUACUCUUGCUCCAGUAGUAACACGCAAUACUGGACAGCUCCUAUAUGAGGGUCAGUCUCGACCACUCUCUAGUGCAGAUAACCUACAGAUCAGUGAUGAAGACAACUUGGAUGAGGUUAGAGUCACUGUGAUAGAUGGCCUAAGACAUGGCCAGUUGUCCCUCCUAAAUUUCCCUCCAGAAGGUUCCAAAUUCUUCACAGCUUCUGAUUUGGACCAAGGCAGGGUAAUAUACCAGCAUGAUGGCAGCGACACCUACAGUGACAAUAUCAUUUUCCGUAUGACUGAUGGACAACAUGAGGUGGAGUUUUUGUUUCCAAUUACUGUGGUGCCUACAGAUGAUGAGCCGCCUAUAAUCAAUGCUAACACAGGAUUGAUGAUUUCAGAGAAAGAAGUGCACCCACUGACCCCGUUUGUGUUAAGUGCUACAGAUAUUGACUCAGACGAUGCCACUAUACUUUUUACCUUAGAGCAACCAUAUUCCUCUAUGGGAGUAAUGGUGCUACGACAAACUGAGAUACCUCAAGAUCCUUCUGAAUGGAAUUUCAUCCCUAAUUUAAAUGUGUAUGAGAAGCAGGUCAGAGAGUGGUCACAGCAGGACAUUGUAGAUGGCAAGUUGUAUUACAAACACACUGGGCAGCACAGCACAGUUGCUGUCAUGGAUCAAAUAAUCUUUAGGGUUCGGGAUGACAACGACCCCCCGAAUCUCUCUGGUGAACAUACAUUUAUAGUAAAAAUAAACCCCAUAGAUGACUUGCCUCCUGAGCUUUACCUAGGUACUUCUUUGAAGAUGGUGGUAGAGGAGUAUCAACUCACCCACUUCAGGAAGAAAUUCCUGCGUUAUACUGAUUUAGAUUCUGAUGACAGGGACCUCAAAUAUACAGUGACAGUUCCACCAUCUGACACUGAUGAAAACAACCCAGUGCUUAUGGGAUUUAUAGUAUUGACCGAAAACCCAGACCAUGUUGUUACAGAGUUCACACAAGCACAGGUAAACCACCACAAGGUUUCAUAUAAACCCCCAGAUCUGGAGCUUGGAAUUACGCCACGAGUGGUUCAGUUUCAGUACACAGUAGAGGAUAUGUCAGGGAAUUCUGCCGGAGGAACAUUCACCAUUUUUCUGCAGCCAGUAGACAAUAAACCCCCUAGCAUUACAAAUACAGGUUUCACUGUAUCUGAAAGAGGAACGCAUGUUAUUAGCAAAGCAGAAUUGGAUGCCACUGAUGCAGACACAGACCGUACUAAGAUCACUUUUACACUCACACAAAUCCCAAUACAUGGCCAGUUGCUAUAUUAUAACAAUGUCAUGCAAGUUGGGGAGAUAUUUAGCUUAGAAGAUAUCCCUGCAGGCAGAGUAUCUUAUGUCCACAACGGUGAGGAAUCCGCAAGUGAUUCGUGCACAUUAGAUGUAAGUGAUGGGGUACAUGUUGUAACUAUUAUCAUAAAAAUAACUGUACGCCUGGUGGAUGAUGAAGUUCCUAGACUUAUGUUACCCUCUGGGACUAUAGGUUCAUAUUUAGAUGUAUUGGAAGGAAGCUCUACUGAAAUCACAUCUAAUGUCAUCCAGGGUACAGAUGCAGAUACAGAUGACCUAAUGCUGACUUUCAUAGUGGAAGAUCCUCCUCUUUAUGGAGAAAUUUUAGUUAAUGGUUUUGUUUCUGAAAGAUUUUCUCAAAGGGACAUUAUUGACGGUUCAGUAGUUUAUGUGCAUACAUCUGGGGAAAUUGGUCUUCAAAAAAAAGAAGACUCUUUUAAUUUGACCUUAUCAGAUAUGUCUGAAGAGUGGACUAUAGGAGGAAACAGAGUUAAUGGAGUUCAGGUUCAGGUGACUGUCUUACCUGUAGACAACCAGCCCCCAAUUGUUACUGUAGGUUCUCAGUUUAUAGUCAUUGAAGGGGAAAAAAGUGUCAUCACCUCAUCACAUUUAAGUGCACAAGAUGCAGACACCCCCAAUGAUGAUAUACUAUGCACUAUAGUUGUACAGCCAACCUCUGGGUAUUUAGAAAACAUUUCCCCAGCACCAGGCUCUGAAAAAUCUAGAGCAGGCACUGCAAUAAGUGCAUUCACCUUAAAGGAUAUCAGAUCCGGGAACAUUUAUUAUGUACAAAGCAUCCACAAAGGCGUAGAACCUGUAGAAGACAGGCUGACUUUCCGUUGCUCAGAUGGAGUUAAUUUCUCACAAAAACAUUUCUUUCCAGUUGUAAUAAUACCCACCAAUGAUGAGAAGCCUGAUAUUUAUAUGAGAGAAUUCGUUGUUAUGGAAGGGAUGAGUCUGGUUAUUGAUACACCCAUACUUAAUGCUGCAGAUGCAGAUAUUCCAGCAGAUGAGCUUAUUUUCUUUAUUAUAAAGCCCCCAAAACAUGGGCACAUAGUAAACCAGCUUACCAAUGGCACUGUAUUAGUUCACAGCUUUGGUCUUGAGGAUAUAAAGGAGAGCUCAAGCAUUCUGUAUGAGCACGAUGACACAGAGACUAAAGAGGAUAGUUUUGAAAUUCAGUUGACAGAUGGUAAACAUCCAGUGGUUAAAACCGUGCUUAUCAUGAUUAUACCUGUUGACGAUGAGACCCCUAGGAUGACUAUUAAUGAUGGGCUGGAGAUUGAAAUAGGGGAAUCUAAACUUAUUAAUAAUAAAAUUUUAAAAGCUACAGAUUUAGACUCAGAUGACAAAACACUGACUUAUAUAAUAAGAUAUGGUCCAGGGCAAGGCUUGCUACAAAUAAGGAGGCCUCAUGGCGGGCUUGAAAAUAUAACAAUAGGGAUGAAUUUUACACAAGAGGAAGUAGACAAUGAUCUAAUACAGUAUGUGCACUUUGGUCAGGAGGGCAUCCGUGACCUUUUUAAGUUUGAUGUGACAGAUGGCAUUAACCCCUUAAUUGAUCGUUAUUUUUAUAUAACUGUGGGUGGCAUUGACAUGGUGUUCCCAGAUGUGAUCAGCAAAGGAGUUUCUUUAAAGGAAGGUGGCAAAGUUACCCUCACUACUGAUUUGUUGAGCACUAGUGACUUGAAUAGUCCAGAUGAACACUUGGUGUUCACAAUUACCAGGGCCCCGAUAAGAGGGCACCUUGAAUGUACAGAUUUUCCUGGAGUACCCAUCACAUCUUUCACUCAGCUCCAGUUAGCAGGUAACAAAGUCUAUUACACUCAUACCUCGGAUGAUGAAAUCAAGAUGGACAGUUUUGAAUUUGAAGUUACUGAUGGUUACAAUCCUGUUUUCCGCACAUUUAGGAUAUCCAUCAGUGACGUGGAUAAUAAAAAGCCAGUGCUCACUAUCCAUGAACUAGUGGUUAGAGAAAACGAUAAUAAACUGAUAACCCCAUUUGAACUGACAGUGGAGGACAGAGAUACCCCAGAUAAGCUGCUAAAAUUCUUUGUUACUCAGGUGCCAAUUCAUGGGAAAAUCAUGUAUAACAACAGCAGAUCUGUGUCCACUUUCACUAAGCAGGAUCUAAAUGACAACCUAAUCAGCUACAAACAUGGUGGCACAGAGUCUACCGAGGACAGCUUCUCCUUCACAGUCACUGAUGGUACCCACACAGAUUUUUAUGUGUUUCCGGACACAGUCUAUGAAACCAAACGCCCACAGACGAUGAAGAUCCAGAUCAUUUCUGUAGAUAACGGGAUACCCCAAAUUGUGGUCAACAAGGGGGCACCUACUCUACGCAUUUUAACCACAGGCCAUUUGGGAUUUGUAAUCACCAACAAGUUCCUUAAGGCAGAGGAUAGGGACAGUAUCCACCUGUCCCUCCGUUUCCGGAUCACAGAAGGUCUCAACCAUGGAUAUCUGAUCAACCUGGACAAAGGAAACCACAGCAUCAACCUGUUUACUCAAGCGGACAUCGAUGACAUGAAGAUCUGCUAUGUCUUACGAGAAAAACAAAAUGCAACAAAUGAUAUUUUCUACUUUGUUGUUGAAGAUAACGGAGGAAAUAAGCUGAAGAACCAGCAUUUCCGUUUAAACUGGGCUUGGAUAUCAAUAGAGAAGGAGUAUUAUUUGGUGAAUGAAGAUGCCAAAUAUUUGGAAGUUACCUUGAAACGCAGAGGAUACUUGGGAGAAACGUCAUUUGUUAGUAUUGGAACAGUUGAUGGGACAGCAGAAAAAGACAAAGACUUCAGGGGAAAGGCACAGAAACAGGUGCAGUUCAACCCAGGCCAAACCACAGCAAGCUGGAGAGUUCGGAUUUUGACGGAUGGAGAGUAUGAACAGUCUGAAACAUUCCAAAUUGUUCUUUCCGAGCCCGUCAUGGCAGCUCUUGAAUUUCCAGAAAUAGCAACCGUGGAAAUUAUUGAUCCAGGAGAUGAAUCUACGGUCUAUAUACCUCAAUCAAUUUAUAAAAUUGAAGAAGACAUUGGUGAACUGUUUAUUCCAGUCAAGAGAAGCGGAGACAUCAAUCAAGAACUUAUGGUCAUUUGCUAUACCCAGCAAGGAACAGCUUCUGGAACAGUCCCAACUUCCGUUUUAUCAUACUCUGAUUAUAUAUCAAGGCCCGAGGAUCACAACAGUGUUUUAAGAUUUGACAAAGGAGAGCAGGAGAAAGCUUGUCGUGUGGUUAUCAUUGAUGAUUCAUUGUACGAGGAGGCAGAAUAUUUCAAUGUAACUUUGAGCAUGCCCAUGGGCGGAAGACUUGGAUCUGCGUUUCCUUCUGCUCAGAUUGUGAUUGUGCCUGACAAGGAUGAUGAACCUGCAUUCUAUUUUGGAGAUGUGGAAUACUUUGUUGAUGAAAGUGCUGGCUUCAUUGAAGUACGUGUUUGGAGAACUGGUACCGAUCUUUCAAAAACUGCAACAGUCACUGUACGGUCACAGAAAACUGAACCUGUGUCAGCAAUAGCUAGCACUGACUAUGUAGGUAUAAGCCGUAAUCUGGAUUUUGCCCCCGGUGUCAACAUGCAGUCUUUCCGCGUAGUCAUUCUGGAUGACUUGGGUCAGCCGGUGCUAGAGGGAAUAGAAAAAUUUGAGCUUGUGCUGCGUAUGCCAAUGAAUGCCGUCCUUGGAGAACCAAGCAAAGCAACAGUUUUUAUCAAUGACACUAUCUCUGACUUGCCAAAAGUGCAGUUCCGUGAACCGGUGUACAUUGGCAAUGAAAAGGAUGGACAGAUAACUGCAAUUGUAUAUAGGAGUGGGGAUAUCAACCACAAGUCCUCGGUACGCUGCUACACACGUCAGGGCUCAGCACAAGUUAUGAUGGACUUUGAAGAACGUCCAAACACGGAUAGCUCUAUCAUUACAUUUCUUCCAGGUGAGAUAGAACGCCCAUGCACUGUUGUGCUGAUGGAUGACUCUAUCCAUGAAGAAGAAGAAGAGCUCAGACUUGUACUUGGAUCUCCAAAAAGUAACUCACCAUUUGGUGCCUCAAUUGGUGAACUAAAUGAAACCUUGAUCAAGAUUAAAGACGAUGCCGACAAGGCAAUAAUUAAGUUUGGAGAUACCAAGUUUAGCGUGAGUGAACCAAAGGAACCCGGGCAAAUUGUUAUUGUCAAAAUUCCUGUAAUUCGCCUGGGAGACACAUCAAAGGUUUCCAUUGUGCGAGUACACACAAAGGACGGCUCUGCCACCUCUGGGGAAGAUUAUAAUCCUGUGUCAGAAGAAAUUGAAUUUAAGGAAGGAGAAACUCAGCACGUUGUAGAAAUUGAAGUUCUUUAUGAUGGGGCAAGAGAGAUGAGGGAAGCUUUUACUGUGCAUCUUAAACCUGACGAGAACAUGGUUGCAGAAAUACAGAUGACCAAGGCCAUUGUCUACAUUGAAGAAAUGAAUAGUAUGGCCGAUGUCACUUUCCCUUCUGUUCCCCAAGUGGUCUCUCUUCUGAUAUAUGAUGACACAUCAAGAGUUAAAGAGAGUCCCAAUCCUGUGUCUGGCUAUCCUGUUGCUUGUAUUACAGCUUGCAAUCCUAAAUAUUCGGACUAUGACAAAACUGGUUCCAUAUGCACUAGUGAGAAUAUAAAUGACACCUUGACUCGAUACCGUUGGCUAGUUAGUGCUCCUACUGGCUUGGAUGGGGUGACCAGCCCGAUGAGAGAGGUGGACUUUGAUACAUUUUUCACUUCUUCUAAAACUAUUACAUUGGAUUCCAUUUACUUUCAAGCUGGUUCCCGUGUACAGUGUGCAGCCCGUGCUGUGAACACAGAUGGAAAUGAAGGCUUAGAGCUUAUGAGUCCAAUUGUAGCAAUAAGCACAGAGGAAGGUCUUUGCCAGCCUAGAGUACCUGGGGUGGUUGGUGCAGAGCCAUUUUCUGCUAAAAUGCGCUACACUGGACCUGAAGAUGCAGAUCAUCCUAAUCUCAUUAAAGUGACCAUAACAUUGCCUCACAUUGAUGGGAUGAUGCCAGUUGUUUCUACUAGAGAAUUGUCUAACUUUGAACUUACACUGAGUCCUGAUGGCACCAGAGUUGGAAACCACAAAUGUUCCAACCUUCUAGAUUACAAUGAAGUCAGAACUCGUCAUGGGUUUUUGACUGAUGCAACCAAGAACCCAAAUGUAAUUGGGGAGACCUCACCUUACCAAUAUAGCACACAACUCAGAGGCCCCAAUACUUUACGUUUCUACCGAAAUCUCAACCUGGAGGCCUGCCUGUGGGAUUUUACAAGCUAUUAUGAUAUGUCCGAGCUGUUAACUGAAUGUGGUGGCACUAUUGGCACAGAUGGACAGGUUUUGAAUCUUGUGCAGUCUUACGUUACAUUGAGGGUUCCAUUAUAUGUUUCUUAUGUCUUCCACUCACCAGUGGGAGUUGGUGGCUGGCAACAUUUUGACCUACACUCGGAGCUUCGCUUAACGUUUGUGUAUGACACUGCCAUCUUGUGGAAGGAUGGCAUCGGUAGUCCUCCUGAAGCAGAACUUCAAGGCUCAUUGUAUCCAACUAGUAUGCGCAUUAAUGAAGAAGGAAGAUUGGUUGUUAACUUCAAAACAGAAGCCAGAUUCUAUGGUCUAUUUGUCAUGUCACAUGCUGCAACUUCACUAAGCUCAAUGAUCAUAUCAGCUGACCAUCCUGGACUGACUUUUACCCUCAGUCUGGUGCGGAGUGAGCCAACAUUUCACCAACCAGUCCAACAGUGGAGCUUUGUUUCUGAUUUUGCAAUCAGAGACUAUUCUGGGACAUACACAAUCAAGCUUGUUCCUUGCACUACUGCUCCCUAUCAAGAAUACAACUUGCCAGUUAUGUGCAACCCUCGGGAACCAAUCACAUUUGAUGUUGAUAUCCGAUUUCAGCAGGUGAGCGAUCCAGUGGCUACUGAGUUUAGCUUGAACACCCAGAUGUUGCUUUUGUCUAAGAAAUCUUUAUGGUUGUCGGAUGGAUCGAUGGGAUUUGGGCAAGAAAGUGACAUUUCUUUUUCUGAAGGUGAUAUGAUUUAUGGUCGUGUGAUGGUGGAUCCUGUCCAGAACUUGGGAAAUUCCUUUUUUUGCAGCAUUGAAAAGGUUUUCCUCUGCACCGGAGCCGAUGGAUAUGUUCCAAAGUACAAUCCAACCGAUAACGAAUAUGGCUGCCUUGCAGAUGCUACAUCUCUCCUGUAUAGGUUUAAAAUAUUGGACAAAGCUCAACCAGAGACGCAAGCUGGUACGUUUGGAAAUGUUCAAUUUAAUGCCAGGCUGGCUGUGGAUGAUCCUGAGGCCUUACCUCUAGUCAAACAGCCAGGGUCUGAUGGAUUUAAAGUUGAAUCUACUCCUCUAUUCCAGGUUUCAUUGGGACGUGAGUGGUAUAUACACACAAUAUAUACUGUAAGGUCAAAAGAAAAUGCAAACAGGGGAAUUGGUAAAAGAAGUGUGGAGAUGCAAUAUCAUUCUCUAGCUAGUGCUGUAUCUGGAGGAAGUUUGGUAAAAAAUCGUAAGAAAAGGGACGUCAAUGAAGCUCCAGGAAUUGCUCAAGAAAUCGGCAUUGAUAACAAUAGAGGGACCAACAUCCAACAUAUUGCUUUGGAUCGUAGCAACAAGAAACAUAUCCCUAAAAAGGAAGUUACCCUUGAUGGAAUUAUUCCUAGAGAGCUGAACAAUAAAGAAAGUGAAGUCAAUAUUGUAACUAUUGUGGUAGCUAUUGCAGCUAUAUUACUGGCCAUAUGUUUGAUUGUCAUAAUAAUUUUAUUACUGAAACGCAAGCAAAAGUCAAAAAAGAAGGAAGAAAGAAAGAAUUCUGGUUGCAGUGAGCCCAUGAUGACACCAAAAGGCGAUAGUACCGACAGCUCAGAAGUUUGAUAUACGUAUGAUACGAUUUAUAGUCAAACCAAAAGUGCCUCAAAAACAAAAUAUGAGUAUUUUAAUAAAGGUGCAUGUCUCUUCUGACAAGGAACAUUCUUCACAUAAACUGUCCCACCGUCGCCAAAAGGCUGUAUGCAUAUUUAAAAUACUGUAAGAAUGGAUUGUUUCAACAGGACAUUAAGCAAAACUCAUAAAGCAACCAAGACAGUCUUCAUUCAUACCCUGCAUAUAAAGCUGUGCUGCUCACCAGAACUGUAAAAUUAGAUUUUUUUUUAUUAUUUUUUUUUAAUAGUAUUUAAAACUUAAGAUAUGCAAAGGUGCUGAAAGCUUGUCUCUAUUUAUAGGGAGAGCCUUUUCUAAUUCUACUUUUCGAGGUUCAAUGAUCACAUUAUAUGUUUUAAUCCGUAAUUAUUUUUUAAGGGAUUUUUAUUAUUAUUAUUAUUAUUAUAAUGAAGAAUUUCACAUAACUUGUAUUUUUUUUUUUUGUAUUUUAAAGAUUACAUAAAAAAUGUAAACGACUGAAAAGAGUGACUAUUGGAAAGUGAAGUUCUUAAAUAUUGAAAAUUGAGGCAAUUUUACAUAACUGUGCAUUUAAAACUGUGUUAUUUUGCAGCAAACCAAAGAUUUCUUUGUUUUCAAAGUAAUUUUGUAGAUUUGAAAUCUGACAAUGCUUUUGCCGGCAGUAUUUUUCAUUUAGUUGUAGUGAACAGCAAUACCUGUUAUUGUGCACCAAAUAGCAUAUAAAGGGCUAGAUUAGAAGUGGAGCGCUAAUAUAACGUGCACCCGUAAACUGGCAAAUUUGACACUUUGCACUCUAAUUCAUUAAUCAGAGAUCAGAUCUCUGGUUAAUGAAUAAAAAUGUCACCCAAUUGCCCCCCAAAUAAAGUGUAAGGUUCCUUUAUUAAAAUAAAAAAUGGUAUCAUCUUUAUUUUUUUAAACAAUAACUGCAUAAAGCAGUUAUAAGGGGUUAAAGUGAGGGGAUGUGGGGUGUUAGAAAAAAAGGCACUGAAAAGUCAAUGCUGCACGACUUACCCCCCUUCGCUGUGUCUAUCGACAUCAGAAGGAGGCUCCCAUUGGAAGCGCACUCUGCUGAUAUUACUGAGUGGAGUGCAAAUAUCACACUUGCGAAAGCGCAAUUUUGCGUUCUACUCAUAAUCCUUCCCAAAAAAAAAUUCUGUCUUAACUGCACUCACUGGACAAAUACAGGAAAUAAGGUGCUUAAAUUAAAAAAAAAAUGAUGCUCAAUUUUAUUUAGAAAUUAAAAAGAAAUGUUCAUUUAAAGAAGUGUUUUAAAGUACAUUACACUUGAUUUUUUUGUACUAAAAAAAUAAUGUUAGGGUUUUUUAAUAGGUCAUUAUAUGGAUUUAGUAUUAUCCAGUUUUUUCAAAGUGUUGGUAGCAAUUAAAGGGUCGAUCGUAAUUCUUUAGAAAAGUUUAUCAAAAGAUUAUCUACAAAAUAACCCAUAGACUUUUAUGGUGAUUUUCUGUUUCUAAUCUUUAGAUACAUUUUUAUAAAAUAUUAUGAUUGACCCCAAAGUUAGAAACCAAAGUGAAUAUGUUAUUAUCAUGAAAUAUGAAGUUUGAUAAAUCUGCUGAACUUUUAGAUAUAAGAAACUUUUGAAUCAAUGAAUUUUCUUAAUAAUUUUACAGAGUCACAUUAAAGGGACAUUAAACACUUAUAAACAUAGUAUUGAUGUUAUUCCCGGCCUACACCUAGUCAUUGGUGCUGCUAUGUUGAAAUCUAGCUCUCAUUACAUUCUAUUGCUGCCGUGUUUGCACGUGUGCAGUAACUCUCCUUCAGAUACCUACAGUGUAACCUAGGUUCCAAUAUGGCAGCAUCAAUAAUUAGAGGGAGGGGCAUGAAAUGAUUAAUGUCCCUUUAAUUGACAGCCUCCUAGUAAGAAAAAUAAAAUAAAAACAAAACAAGGUGUCUUAUUACAUUAUUGUAUUAUUCUGGGUUCGAAAUAUAUUUAGUUUUUGUGAUGUCCUAGACUAGGGAUGGGGAACCUUGGCACUCCUUAUGUUUCAGAACUAAAUUAGCCAUGAUGCUUAGGCACUCUGAAGUCCAGUUGAUCAUCAAGGGAAAUGUAGUUCUGAAACAUCUGAAGGGCCAAGGUUCCUCAUCCCUGCCCUAGAUACCAAAAAAAUAUGCUGCUCUCAGUCUCCCCUAAACCCUCAACAGGUCCUCAUAUUUCUCACAACUGGAGGCCAGAGAUGCUUGGAGAAGUCAUAGAGGUGACAUUCACUGAUUUGUAAUAAUAUUAACAAAUAAAACAUUUUGGAAGCAAAGGACUAUCAUCAUGCCAUAGACUUACCCUUCAUGUUUGCCUCCCCCUGAAUUAUGCUGUCCUACGUACAGACCUUGACCAAAAUAUGCUCCAGGUCUCAUACCGCUUCUUCAGCUGGAGACAGAGCCAUUAAAACUAAUCUCCUACCCUUCCAACUUUUGGCAACAUUUUAGGCCCACAUUAGUCCGAGUCCAAUAAUGUGAUGACUACAGUGUUUAAGUGUACUUCUGCCAAUACAAUAAUAUAUCUAAAUAUAUAUUUAGUUAGAAAGGAAAUAUAAGUACCAAGGUAAGCGUUAGAUUAACAGUCCUGAGGUAAAAUUGUGAGAAUUUGCACUUUAGACCAGUCAUAAAAGCCUAAUGACAAACAUAUCUGCUCCAGGGGAAAUUGCCAUCCUGCAAUGUGCCAAUGCAUAGAGCAUUUGUGUCUAUUAAUUAUAUUUAGCAAAGUGUUUUAUAUAUCUCUAUCUAUAUAUCCAUCUAUCCAUCUAUCUAUCUAUCUAUCUAUCUAUCUAUCUAUAUAUAUAUAUAUAUAUAUAUAUAUAUAUAUAUAUAUAUAUAUAUAUAUAUAUACAGUUUUGGUUAGAAACUAAUGCUAUUUUAAGUUCUUUCACAUCACUACUAUUAUACCAUGUUAAAUGAUGAGCUCUUUAUUAUUUUUGAGAUUACAUUUUUAUAAAUAUUCUAUAUAAAAUUCCAUUACUUUAUUAACUGUAAAAAAGACAACUGAAACAGGUAGUCACAUGACACAAGCUUUACUAUGAAAGGCUAAAACUGAGAAACUGUAAAAAAAAAAAAAAAAAAAAAAUUAGCAAGAAUUACACAAUGUGGUUAUUUUUGGUUGUAUUGCUUUAUAAGUUUUGUGAUAAAAUUACCAGCAUAAGAGUAGUUUUGUUUUCUUUUUUCCAUUUUUCAGCAACUGUCAUUUAUAGGCACUUUUAACUUCCAUGUUAUUUUCUUCAUAAACAAGCUAUACAUUAUAAAAGGUGUUUAAUGGCCCUUUUAAAGGGGCCAGAUAAGUUUAAAUGGACAUGAAUCCCCAAAUUUGUCUUGCACAGUUAAGAUAGAGCAUACAGUUUAAAAAAAAAAAAAAAACUUUCCAAUGUACUUCUAUUAUGAAAUGUUGCUUUAUUCUCUUGGUAUUAUUUGUUGAAGCAGUAGCAAUGCACUGGGAGCUAGCAGAACACAUCAGAUGAGCCAAUGACAGAACGCAUAUAUGUGCAGCCACCAAUCAGCAGCUAGCUCUCAAUAGUGACCAUGCUUUUCAACAAAGGAUACCAAAAGAACACAGCAAAUUAGAUAUUAAAAGUACAUUCAAAAUGUGUGCUUUCAUAUACCUUUUAUUUGAAGCACACAGGAUUGUAAUUCAAAAUCAAUCAGAAAAAUAUGACAUUGACUCCUUCCUUGAUGCUCAAGGACUUCACAUUUACUGAGAUCCUACCCCUAGUCUGCAAGUCCAGCACACUUGCCAGUAAUUGUUAUGAGUUAUACAUGUGCCACUUAUGCUCUGUCUACUGCCAUAUUGGCAGCAAGUUACUUGCAUAAUACAUUUAUUACUGAAGCAUUAGUAUUAAACAAAGCUUUUUGCAAAAGAAAAUAUAUUGUAUAGAUGUGUGUAAUGGAAUCUGAAAUGUUUUACUGUGCAUCUCACAUUUAACCCUUAUGUCUCUUUAAGAAACAGACCAAACGCUUGUAACAAAUAUGAGACUACAAUGUUCUUGUGAACUAAAUAUAGGAUAAUGUCUAGAAUUUCUUAUUUCAGCACAUGUAUUAGAAAUGCAAAGUCAAGUCAUUUAUUUAGUAUUCAGCAAAAUUCUUUUGCUAUGUGUUUAUUAUAUAUGGAAAGAGUUUUUAUAAUAAAUAUGUUUUGCCUGAUUAUUUCUUCGGUAUCACGGCAUCUUGACAAAAAACACAGUGCAAAACUGCUUCUGCCAUAUGAUCUCAAACUUUCUAAAUGAUAUUUCUUUGUUUUAAUGUGUUCACAAAUGUAUUAUUUCUGUUUUGGUAAAGCUACAGUUAGUCUGUAUUUUACAAAUCUUCUUUUAUGUAAAGACAACGGUCUCUCCCUUUCAAAUUUAUGUUGUCAAGCGUUCACAUAUUUCUUUUUGGUCCUUAAAGGGACAGGAAACCCCAAUUUUUUUCUUUCAUGAUACAGAUAGAACAUACAAUUUUAAACACCUUUCCAAUUUACUUCUAUUAUCAAUUUUGCUUCAUUCUCUUAUUUCCCUUUGCUGAAGGAGCAGCAUUGCACUACUGGCAGCUAUCUGAACACAUCUAGUUAGCCAAUCACGAGACAAAUGUGUGCAGGCACCAAUCAGCAGCAAGUUCUCACUAUUGUAGGACAUGUGCAUAUUCUUUUUCUACAAGGGAUGCCAAGAGAACAAAGCACAUUUAAAAAUAGAAGUGAAUUUAAAGUGUCUUAAAAUUACAUACUCUAUCUGAAUCAUGCAAGUUUUAACUUUCCUAUCCCUUUAAUCAGCUUUUAGUUUAAAGGGAUAUGAAACCCAAACAUUUUCUUUCAUUAUUCAGAUAAAGCAUAUAAUUUAAAAUAAAAAGUUUCCAAUUUACGUCUAUUAACAAAUUUACUUCAUUCUCUUGGUAUCCUUUGUUGAAGGAGAAGCAGUAGACUACUUGGAGCUAGCAGAACACAUCAGGUGAGCCAAUGACAAGAGUCAUAUAUCUGUGCUUUGCUGCUCCUGAGCCUACCUAGAUAUGUUUUUUGUCUUUACUUUCUCUGUAAGCAGCAUUAAUCCUUUGGACUUUUAAUGCACUUAUUUGUAAUUUUCUAAAAAAUAUGCGUAAUUAAACACAGUUCCAAAAAUUCAGUAUUUAACACUGAAAAAUGCUUUUUAUGGCUAAAGCUCAGUUUAAUGAACAUUGCAUGAAAAGCUUACUAGAUCACAAUACCCCAAAAAAUCCAACUCUCAACAUGUAAUUAAGGCCUCAACACUACAAGUUCCCCAAAAUAAAAAAAUAAAACAAUUGUGAUUACAAAAAAAAUACAAAUUAGAGUAAACUCCUUGAGAUUUUUAUAUAGAAUAUUUAGUUAUGUGUAAUGAAACAACUUUGCAAUAUAUUUUCAUUAAUUAUUUUGCACCCUUUUAAUGUAAUUUAGCUCUGAAAAUUAAGCAAUUUCUUCUCAGAACUUGAAAUGCACCUGCUGACUUAUCAAGGCUAACCUUGCUACAUGUCUUUACAUAAUUGGCUUUAUCAGAUAACAACUGCAUAACAAUUCAAUUUAUACUAACUUUAUGACCGUGGCUACUCUCGUUGUCUGUGGACUAAAGGCCAGAUUGCCUCUUUCAAAUAAAGUAAAUGGUAGCUGGAGUUUUGCUACUGAUAAAGAAUUGCAGUACAAAGUUUUUAAAAAUAUGAUAAUUUGCUUUAAAAAGAUUUAGAAAACAUAUAGACUUGGCUGAUAUUUUAUAGCAACACAACAGAAAUGUCUUGUAACUACAAGGUGUUUACUGUCCCUUUAACCCCAAAAUGGUCCUACCGGAAGACCUUUCUUUAAACUCAUCUGGUCAGCAGAAAAUGCUCCCUCAAUGUCCUUUUCCUCACCACGGUCUGGACUUUUUAUGGGGUUCCCUCUUAUUUGUAGAAAUUAACAUAAACUUUAUUAGUCAUCAGAUACAUCUUUUAGGAAUGCAGCCAUUGGGCUCAACUGAUUAGUUAAUCACUAAAUAUCAGAUGAGUGGGAGAAAAUAAAGUACACUUUUUUUACCUUUAAAGAGAUCAGAAAGUCAAAAUGAAACUUGUAUGAUUCAGAUAGAGCAGGUCAUUUUAAGACACUUUUAAAUUCACUUCUAUUUUCAAUUGUGCUUUGUUCUCUUGGUAUCCCUUGUUGAAAUAGAAUACACACAUAUCCUACACUAGUGGGAGCUAGCUGCUGAUUGGUGCCUGCACACAUUUGUCUUUUGAGAUUGGCUAACUAGAUGUGUUCAUCUUGCUGCCAGUAGUGCAAUGUUGUUCCUUAAGCCAAGGAUACCAAAGGAACAAAGCAAAUUUGAUAAUGGAAGUAAAUUUGUUUAACAUGGUAUGUUCUAUCCAAAUCAUGAAAGAAAAUGUUGGGGUUUCCUGUCCCUUUAACUUAUAAAAAAAUGUUUUUACUAUGGACUUUUCUUCAAAUAUAUUGUAUAACAUUUAGCAUUUAAUAAUAAUUAAAGGGUCUACUCCAGAAUUUGUAUUGUUUUAAAAGAUAGAUAAUCCCUUUAUUACCCAUUCACCAGUUUGCAAUCAACACUGUUAUAUUAAUACACCUUUUACCUCUGUGAUUACCUUUUAUCUAAACCUCUGCAGACUGCCCCCUUACUUAAGUUGUUUUGACAGACUUGCAUUUUAGCCAAUCAGUGCUGACUGAGAUAAGAGUUGAAUUGCAAGGGUUUAGAAAUUUUCAUAUGAGUCUUCAUAGGUUUAGCUUUCAACAAAGAAUACCAAGAGAAGAAAGCUCAUUUGAUUAUGAAAGUAAAUUGGAAAGUUGCUUAAAAUGUCAUGCCCUAUCUAAAUCAUGAAAUUUUGACUAGAAUGUCCCCCCUUUAAUGGCAAUAUUAGACCAAUACUACAUUAAUGUACUCCUAAAACAUUAAAAUGAUUUUACUUUCAUAAGUUAAUAUUAGGUUGUCAAUAAUAUUGUGACAUCCUCAAGUAAAAUGCCUUAUCGUGAGCUUGCUAGGUGAACUCAUAUUUAUAUUAAUAAGUAUUCAUAUACAUUUUCCCAAGGUUUAGUUAAUCGUUUUGCUUAUUCUCUGUUUCAACUGGGUACAUUUUUUUCUCUACAUUUGUAGUAAUGUAAAUUGCUUACAUGAUGCACAGCUUCAUUAUUGAAAUUAAAUUAUUAAUGUAUCAAAGCAUACUCUGGUUGAUAGGGGAAAGUCUCCACAGUUUAUAGAAGUAUUUAAAAAAACAACAACAAAAAAACAGCAAAACUAUGAAAAUUGCCAUCUUUUUAGAUUCACCAAAAUAAAAGUUUCAGCACAAUAUUAUUUUAGGGAACAAUUUGUUAAAUCCUUAAAGGUGCCAUUUAUAGUAAUACUGUUUAACAAAUAUGACCGUUGCACAAUAUAUCAAAUGUUUACCCUUCUGAAGAUUUAUUGUGCAUCCUAUUAGUCAAAAAUAACUGUAGCCUAAUGGUUGGACAAAUCCACAUUUUUAACUUUUAUGUUAACAUUUCAAAUAAACUUUUUUAAUAUACAUAUUAUAUACAGUAUAAAGAAUUUAUAAACAAUGUUAUUUGUACAUUUUAUAAUAACUGCUUUGUUUCAUUCAUCCAGAGGUAAACUGUUAGUUAACCGUAUUUAAAUCAAUGUUCUAAAACAUUAAAUUGUUUAAAUUUUCUAUUAACAAAUAUUUUAUAAAGUACUUUGAUAAGUCUAUAUAAUGCUGAAAAAAAUAAAAAUAAGGGCAGCCUUUUCAUGUCUACACCCAUUUUUUUAAAGUGUCAUUUUAAAAAUGUAACAUGGACCCAUCACCACAAUGUGGUCUGCAAUAAAAUAUUGUCUUUCUUUUUUCAA